AGCAACAGAUUGUAAAAGUCAGCUCUGUUAACUGCAGGACGUGGCUGUACUAAAUACACAGUGAAGCGGUGUAUUCAUAGUUUUGUAUAGCGGAGAAUUGCCUUUUUUAUUCUCUGUCUUUUCUUUUCUGCGAGCUCGGUAUCGGAACAUGAAGUGCUUUGUACCCGGUUGUGGAAAUGUCCGCACGUCAAGAUUAUCUACCCCACAAAAAUUUCACGUUUUCCCCUCCGAUCCGGCGCUGUGCUGCAAGUGGCUGGAGGCCAUCAAGAACCCUUGUUUCGAUCCAAAAGUUACAACCGUGCUCAUGACCAGGGUUCACGGUCUUCGUGUGUGCAGCGACCACUUCAGACAUAAGGACUACGUAGGAGGGAAAAGGCACUAUUACGCAGGGUUAAAGCGAGGUACUGUCCCGUCACUGCUGCCCUGGACAGAGCGAGAAGCAGAAACUGAACCGACAACAUCCAUGCCUCAGCAACAGAAAAUCCAGACGCCCCACCAGUGCACCAUGUGUGAAACUUCUCGACCGAUGUCGGAAAUGGUUCAUCAUAAAAGUGAUGAGAACACAGUGGAGCUUUUCUGCACUCGUACCUGUGUGACGUCUUACACAUUACGGCCCGCAAUCAAGGAUGCAAAGACCACUUCAGACUCCGCUGUAAAUGAAAAUGACGCAUCUGCCGCUGAUUCGGACACACCAACUCUGAUCAUUACAGACUCGUGUGUUCUCUGUUGCCACUGUGGAAAGAAACUGCCGAAAGGACAGACUCUUUACCAGCCGCAGAACUCCCCGGAGGUUUUUUGCUCAUCCUCUUGCCUCUCUGAAAGGCAUCCCAGCAUCAAAGUAGCCACCAAGAACUGCUACAACUGCUUUCAGUAA